AUGUUAGCUGUAAAUCUGAAGGCAGUCUUGAACGGCUCGAAAUUUCCCUGGAGUCGCUGGCCGUUUGCUCCAAGAUUGUUGCAAGACGAGCCUCCUGCUCCAUCUGCUCCUCCUGUUCCUCCCGCUCCUAAUGCUCAUCCUGCUCCUCCUGCUCCUCCUGCUCCUCCUGCUCCUCCUGCUCCAUCUGCUCCUCCUGCUCCUACUUCUUCUCCGCCAUGGAGCUGCUGGUUACGGUCUGCAGCCCCAGACGGGUCUGAGGAGUCUGCAGCUCCUGGCGUGUCUGAGGAAUCUGCAGCCCCUGGCUGCUCUGAAGAGUUUGCAGACCCGUACGGGUCUAAAGAGUUUGCAGACCCUGGCGGCUCUGAAGAGUCUGCAGCCACUGGCGACUCUGAAGAGUCUGUAGCAAAUGGCAGCUCUGUAGAGUCUGCAGACCCUGAAGGGUCUAAGGAGUCUAUUAAGGGACAGCUGACGUCUACGGCCAUCAAGCGGCUCAACAGUAUGGCCACCACGUCCAUCAAGCGGCUCAACAAUAUGGCCACCGCGUCCAUCAAGCGGCUAAACAGUAUGGCCACCGCGUCCAUCAAGCGGCUCAACAGUAUGGCCAUCGCGUCCAUCAAGCGGCUCAACAGUAUGGCCACCGCGUCCAUCAAGCGGCUCAACAGUAUGGCCACCGCGUCCAUCAAGCGGCUCAACAGUAUGGCCACCGCGUCCAUCAAGCGGCUCAACAGUAUGGCCACCGCGUCCAUCAAGCGGCUCAACAGUCUGAGUCCCGCAACCAUCAUCACCCUCAGGAGGACCAAGGAGGGCACUCCAAUUACUGCAGGCGAGAGGUCCUGA